CGUCAUGCAAGCAACGCACGCCGUCCGCCAGCACCUGACGCGCCAAUGGGACGCGGUCAUCGUGGGCGGUGGCCACAACGGGCUCGUCGCGGCCACGUACCUCGCCAAGGCCGGCAAGUCGGUGUGCGUCCUCGAGAAGCGCCACUUGCUCGGCGGCGCGGCCGUUACGGAAGAGAUCAUUCCGGACUUUCACUUCUCCCGCGCCUCGUACGUCUUUAGCCUCUUUCGGCCGCAGAUCAUCCGCGACCUCGACUUGUACCGGCACGGCCUGGAGAUCUACCCACGCGAUCCGUCGUCGUUCACGCCGCUGCUCAACGGCCAGAGCCUCCUUCUCGGCAGCGACAUGCAGGCCAACCAAGCGAGCAUCGCGCAAUUCUCCAAGGCCGACGCGGCCAAGUACCCUGCCUACAACGCGAUGCUCGACCGCCUUGUCGACUUUUUUGUCCCGCUUGUGGACGAGCUGCCACCGGAUCUCAAGGUGGCGUUGGGCCCGACUUCGUCGUUGACGGCCCGCAUGGAUGCGCUCCGAUCGCUGGGCCACUUGGGUGUGCGCUGCACCAAGCUCGGGUCCGAGCUCCCGACCUUCCUCGAGUUUAUGACGGCGCCGGCCGACAAGAUUUUGAACAAGUGGUUUGAGAGCGACGUGCUCAAGGCCACGCUCGCAACCGACGCCAUCAUUGGCGCCAAGCUGUCGCCGUCGACGCCAGGGUCGGCGUACGUGCUCUUCCACCACAUUAUGGGCGAAGUCAACGGCAUCAAGGGUACAUGGGGCCACGUGAAAGGCGGUAUGGGCGGUGUCACGUCGGCACUGACUAAAGCGGCACUGGAAGCUGGCGUGCACCUCGUCACCGAUGCUACUGUCCAAUCGAUUGACGUGGCGAACGGUCGCGUCGCCGGCGUCACGCUUGCGUCCGGGGACCACAUUGCGGCGUCGACCGUGCUCUCGAAUGCGAGUCCGUCUCUGACGUUUCUCGAGCUUAUCGACCGCCAGCUGCUCCCAAUCGACUUGGUCGCUCAUUUUGAAAAAGCGUGGAACACCGAGUCGGCGUCGACCAAGAUCAACGUGGCGCUGAGUGCGCUGCCCAACUUUAGCUGCGCGCCAAACGUCGGGUCGGGCGCGAUGCCACACCAUCGGGGCACCACGCACUUUGAGGAUUCCAUGGCGCAGAUCCACGAUGCGUUUCUUGACGUCGAGCAAGGCUACUGCUCGAAGCGGCCCGUGAUCGAGCUGAACAUCCCGACCGCGCUCGACGCCUCGAUCGCGCCCGAAGGCAAGCACAUUGCACUGCUCUUUGUACAGUACACGCCGUAUGCGCCCAAGGACGGGCCGUGGACCGAUGCGAAGAAGGCGCAGUACGCCGACCAAGUGUUUUCGGUCAUUGAGCAAUAUGCACCCGGCUUCAAGCAGUCGGUGCUCGGCUACGACAUGCUGACGCCGCCCGACCUCGAGCGCAUCUUUUCACUGCCGCGCGGCAACAUCUUUCACGGCGCGAUGGGCCUCGACCAGCUCUUUUGGCUGCGCCCGCUCAGCGGCUACGCCGACUACCGGACGCCUAUCGACGGCCUCUACCUCUGCUCGGCCGGCACGCACCCUGGCGGCGGCGUCAUGGGCGCCUGCGGGCGCAACGCGGCCAACGUCUGUCUCCGCGACAUGCCAUGAGCGUCUUGGUCUUGGUCGUAUGCCAUACCGGUACUUGGUAGCUGCCAUCGGUCGACCAAGUAAGAUCCCACAAACCUGAGUUCUGAGUGGCUGUAUUUUUAUG